AUGACUGACAGUUUCACAGGUGAUCUUAAGGAACUAAUAGGCGGCGGCAAGGAUGUGGAGGAGGUCAAGGGCACAGCGUUCGCGAGCCAGUACAGAAAGGUCAUCGAUGCAGUGAAAGCUGCAGGGAACGGGGAUGUCAAGGUGUUCAAGGUGCAGAUCGAUGGGACAAGGGCGGAGUACUAUGUUGUUGCAGUGGAUGAGAAGGAUGGCCGGCUUGAUAUCACGAAUACGUCCCAAACGAACAGUUGA